CCUUUUCAACACUGCUGGUUUGGCGCUUUGACUGCUGGCCAUGCGAUUUGGUAAGUUCGGGAAAAAUGGACUUAGGAGCUUAUAUUCUGAGUGAAUAUAUCCCUGCCAAGCCGCUGGUCUGUAAUCUGGAGGUGUGCUUCACGGGCGGAGAGCAGACACCCACCAAAGUAUGCGCUCAACUGAAAUGCGGCGAUGUUUUGAAGUUCCCAUUCGCCCGCUUGGAUUCCAAGCCAAGGUCGGUGGAGAUAAAGGAGAGCAAGGUGCUCGUGGCUGUGGAUAAGGCAACGGAGACGAAACGCGUGGUGGAGCUGACUCUGGAGUCCACGUUCGACUACCAGCCCGGGGACACCAUUGGCAUUUUGCCCAACAAUAAACCCGAACAAGUGGAAAGCCUGCUGCAUCGGCUGGAACUGUUGGACCAGGCCGACGCCAAUUGCCACUUUAAGAUAGCGCUCAACUGCGCCAAGAAGAAUGCCAAGCUACCCGCCCACAUUCCAGCCACGACUUCUCCCCGGGAGAUCCUUACCCACAGCCUGUCGCUAAACUUUGUUCCGCAGAAGCAGCUCCUCAGCGCCCUGGCCGGAUUUACAAAUGACGACAAAGAGCGUUGUUUCCUAUCCUGUCUAUCCUCUAAACAGGCCACCGAGCACUACCAAUCGCUGAUCUUAGAGCAAGGUCUGCUUUUCAUGGAUAUUCUUAAAUUGUGCGUCAACUGCAGACCGUCACUGGCCUUCCUGGCAGAGCAUUUGCCACGGCUACUGCCGCGACCAUACUCCAUUGCCAACAGUCCCUUGGAAGAUGGCGAUCGCAAACUCCGCGUUAUCUACUCGCUGCUCAGCCAAAGACCUGGAGUCACAACCAGCAUGUUGGAGGCGGCUGCGCAGCAAAGUAGCCCGGAGCAUCCCAAUAAGGUGGUUAUCUACCCACGAAUAAGCAACCAAUUUCGUUACACAAAUCAGGAUUUGGGCAGCAACCAAAUACUUAUUGCAGUUGGCACAGGUCUGGCACCGUUUCUUGGAUUCUUAGCCCACAAAGAAGAGCUUAUGAAACAACAGUCGCAACAGGAAAGCGGACAUUCCUGGCUUUACAUUGGUGCUAAGACCCCAAAAGCCAUUCUUAAGCGUGAGAAACUAUUGGCCUGGCACCAAUCCUCGUUGCUGGAGCGCCUACGGAUAUGUUACUCGCGAGGCGAAUCCCCCAUCUAUGUGCAAGAAAUGUUGGAGGAGGACUGUGACGAUCUGGUCAAGUUCCUGAUGAAGCCGGAGACUGUGUUAUACAUUUGUGCUGAUGGCGCGAAGAUUUCGCAGUCCAUUGCAAGUGGCUUAAGUCGGUGCCUGCAGAAGGCUCUGCAUCUUACUGAGGAAGAAGCUUCGCAGGUGUUUAAGGAACUGAAGACGCAGGGCAAAUAUCGCGAGGAUGUUUGGCUGUAACGGACAAGUCUUAGGUGCAGUCAAAAUAAUAGAUUCUCGAAUGUCGCCCUAUAAAUACUUUUAUAUAUCUCAUUUGUGUACUUUCUUACUGAAAGUUUGCAUUUUUAGUUUGUUUUGUGUUCUUCAUGUAUUGUUGAGGUCAUUUAUUUCAACAAUUGAAAAUAGAUGUAGCAAAAGAACCCAGUUCUGCUACAUCACUUUGCGAAAGAAUGUAGUUGCAUUCUGGUGUAUCUUGAAACACAAUUGCUACUAUUUUGACUGCAACCGCAAUGUAAAUAAAUAUAUAACAGAAAGUUUUGGUCGAAUAAGUAAAUAACGAUAUAUUUAACAACACAAAAUAAAAAUUACAGUGCAAGGUAAACUAAAUACAUACAAUUGUGAGGGGCCAUCAUCUUCAAUGAUCGAAGUGGAUGUGGACUACGAGUACU